GCAGGGUUACCGCGCCCAUCUCUGCUGUUUGAUGGCCGGAGGAAGCGCCUGAGCUGCUGUGGGCGAGAAGAAAGAGAGAAAGAAAGAGCAGGAGUGAACGACAGCGGGAGAGAAAAGGAAGGCUGCGUUUGGAUAGGGGGUUGGAGUACGUCUGAGGCGGCAGCAGAAAAGAUUGGGUUCAAGCGCGUUUAAUUGCGAAAUUAGUUUUUUCUAGCCGCCUCGUCUUCGCGUCCGUGAGCCGGUGUGUGUGUGUGUGUGUAUCGAAAAGCUGGGUUCGGGGAGUGCCACUCCUCGGGUAGCCUGUUAGCUCGUCUGCGCGCUGGUUUGGAGAGACGGGAGUCUGGCUUCGCUGUUUCCAGUCAAUGCGAUAUAAACAACGGACGCCCACGACUGAAAACGGAUCAGUGAGUGACCCAGCGCGAGGCAGGAGUGAAGCACAUCAUUUAGUAGAGGAAAAUGAGCGAACUCGACCAGCUACGUCAGGAGGCUGAGCAGCUGAAGAACCAGAUCAGAGAUGCAAGGAAAGCAUGCGCGGAUGCCACCCUGUCUCAGAUUACAGCCAAUAUUGACCCCGUUGGGCGAAUUCAGAUGCGCACUAGACGAACACUGAGGGGUCACUUGGCUAAAAUCUACGCCAUGCACUGGGGCACUGACUCGAGGCUCCUAGUCAGUGCUUCCCAGGAUGGUAAACUUAUUAUUUGGGACAGCUAUACCACAAACAAGGUGCACGCUAUCCCUCUGCGCUCCUCAUGGGUGAUGACAUGUGCGUAUGCUCCGUCCGGCAACUACGUGGCCUGCGGUGGCCUGGACAACAUCUGCUCCAUCUACAAUCUGAAGACCCGCGAGGGCAACGUUCGUGUCAGCCGCGAGUUGGCCGGACAUACGGGUUAUCUGUCCUGCUGUCGUUUUGUGGACGACAACCAGAUCGUCACUAGCUCAGGCGACACCACCUGUGCUCUUUGGGACAUUGAAACUGGGCAGCAGACAACCACUUUUGCGGGCCACACCGGAGACGUAAUGUCCCUGUCCCUGGCUCCAGACACUCGCCUGUUUGUGUCAGGCGCUUGUGAUGCUUCUGCCAAGCUGUGGGAUGUUAGAGAAGGCAUGUGCAGACAGACCUUCACUGGCCACGAGUCCGACAUCAACGCCAUUUGCUUCUUCCCCAAUGGGAAUGCAUUCGCUACGGGCUCAGAUGAUGCCACCUGCAGGCUGUUUGAUCUGCGUGCUGACCAGGAGCUGAUGGUAUACUCCCAUGACAACAUCAUCUGUGGAAUCACCUCCGUGGCCUUCUCCAAGAGUGGCCGCCUGCUGCUCGCUGGCUACGACGACUUCAACUGCAAUGUGUGGGACACCCUCAAAGCUGACCGUGCAGGUGUCCUGGCAGGCCAUGAUAACCGUGUUAGCUGCUUGGGCGUUACUGAUGAUGGAAUGGCAGUGGCAACAGGCUCUUGGGACAGUUUCCUUAAGAUCUGGAAUUAAAGCCACAAGAUGGCAUCCGGACUCCAAAGUUGACUGGAAGACCAUUCCAACAUCGAAAAGUUAAAUUUUAUUGCAUAUCCAAUCUUCUCAAACACAACAGAACUGACCCCGUUAUCUGAAGAAACAACAAAAGGGCAAAUGUUAUUCUCCUUCCCAUAAAAAAAGAGCACAAUUGUUUUACGCAGCCAGAUCACAAGGAAAUUGGUGGGUUCAUCUUGACAUGGUUGGGGGGAGGGGGUCAAAAGUAAUUGUGCAUUCCUUCUGGGACCAUUUUCCAACAUUGCGUUGAAUGAAUAUCCAAAUACCCUCUCAUCACAUUGCGAUUGUCAUUUAGGCUAAUGUUAUCUAUCUGUAACAUGAAAAGGAGGCAGUUUUUUCCUAAACGAGCUAGCUCUCGAUAGCUUUUUUGGGCACUUCUUCUUUUUUUUUUCAUCCCAAGAAUUACAUUCAGCUGUUUGGCGGUUAGUGUUUCGAAUGAGGAUCGAAAGCUCUCUUUUAUCGCCUAGUCUUUAAAUAUUUUAGAAUCCUAUUUAUAGAUGGAAGGUUAAAAACUAUGUUGAAAAUAAUCGUUAUAAUCCAGCUUUAUCAUGUCAGAAAAGAGGAGACAAAGUGAACGGUUUGAGCUUGAACAGGGGUCCACUAGCCGCAACCAGGCCUGUAUAUUUAGUUUAGCGAUAUUUUUCUUUACGUUUUUUUUUUUUGUUUGUUUGUUUGUUUGUUUUAUUGUUUGGUUUCUGUCUAGUCAUGGAUCUUUUGUUUGCACAGGAAUAAAACAGUGCAUAUAUAUAUAGAAUAAUGUUGAAAAAUGUCAACUAACCAAGCACAUGCUGUUAACGAUGAUGAUGAUAACGAUGAUGAAUGCUCAUUUUUAAAAGUGAAUUGAAAAGUCCAUUUUAAUCAUGUCUCACUUUUUUUUUCCCUCCCCGGUUGGGUGAUGUAAUGAUAUAAUGAAAUGAAGAUUUUUUUUUCCUGUCAUUCAAUAUUAUUAUAUAAAUUUUUUUUUCUGUUUUUUUUUUUUCUU